AUCAGAAAAACAAUAUUCCGGAAAUUAUAGGCAUGUUUUAGCCCUAGUUAAUCAAAACUUCGUCGCUCGGUGUCCUUUAACUGAGUAACCCAAAGUUAAUAUACAAAUAAAUUAGAAAAUUACGGAAUCUUGUUAUUGAGGUGUAGCCAGUGUCAGAUUCUCAUCCCUAAUACCUCGUGCUACUUUCCCUUCAGGUUCGGUUAUGAAUUCAUUAUGUUAUUUAUCUUAUUCAUUGUCUAUCAUGUACAAUUAUUUAGCUCAUUUUAUAUUCAUUAGUUGCUGACUAAUCGUUCUCAGCAGCACAGAACACAUAUAGGUGGAUAAUACUCGGCGUCCUUCAUCGUUCACCAGUCUGCACAGAGAGAAAGAACAGAAACCCUUCGUAAACAGUGAUGCUGUAACGAUUUAUCACCAGUGGAUCAGCCUAGGUGGUUAAGCCUCGUUCGGUUCAACCAAUGACAGAGGAACAUCGAUGACACACGCAGCUUCUUGUGCUUCUCCCUGCCAGAGUAAGAUCUAGGGUAAACUGUCGGCUUCGUUCUUGUGGGUUUAGCACUGCAUAACAAGGCGGAGCCCAAUCAUAUCUUGUUGUGCUUCUCUUUUAAUGGAGACAAAUAGAAAAACAAUUCCAGCAUGAUGAAGGUACAAAGAAUCGGUACAAAUGUGUAGCAACCUGAGUCUGUAGAACGUCACGUAUCAUCUGCUGUAUCACACAAAAAAAAAGACUUCGCUACAUCGUUAUAGUGACAAUCCGCUGCAGGGGAGAAGUGUUCAAACAUCGUUCAUUGCUUCAGUAUAUAAACAGCUCCACCUACAUCCAAAAUUUGCCUUUCUUACUAUCUUUUUGUGGAUGAAAUUAUAGAAACAAGAUGAAUAAAACACGCAUGCUCUGUAGCAGCCUGAGACUGUUAAGUGUUUACGUUGCGUUUGUGUUCACUGUAACAUGGGCUAACGAAGGACCCUACAAAUGUCCAGACGUUCGACUGAUUGAACGCUGUAUCUGUGUCGAGAAGUCUCAAGGGUUGGACGUUUCGUGUGAGGGAGCCCGUACUUCCCAACUUCACAAGUCUUUACAAAACAUCCAACGCACAAAUCAGCCGGUUUACUACCUGAAACUAAAGAAUAACACUCUUGCCGACAUCCCUUCGUUCCUGCUAGAAGGAAUAAAUGUAAGACACUUGUACUCCCAUUAUGGAGACACCACAAGAAUUAGCGACGAUGCUUUUUCUACGCUUGUCGAGAGUCUGGAGACGCUGGAUCUGUCCCAAAAUACUUUGCAGCGAGUGCCCUCAAGCGCUCUUGAGAAUCUCGCUUCACUGGUGUUCCUAAACCUGAAUUACAACAAGAUUAGCACCAUUCACGCAAAAGCAUUCCAAGGAUUAACGUCCUUGGAAAGGUUGUCCCUGUUUGGCAACAGAAUUGCGCAUAUCGACAAUCUGGCAUUUUCUGGUAUUGGACACAACAUCAUAUAUUUAAAUCUCGGAGGUAACAUGUUGAACUCUAUACCCACCGAGUCAUUGAAAAAAGUACCUGCUCUUAAGAAACUCAUACUGACAGAAAACACGAUCGCAACUAUCACGCCUAAUGAGUUUAGGGAUAUGGGUGAGAACAUAGACACUGUUAAUCUUGCUGGAAAUCACAUACAAGAACUUCCCCAAAGGGCAUUUGCACAUCUUUCAGCGCUGAGCUCGAUGGACCUUGAAAGGAACCAGAUUGAAUAUAUCCAUCCAGAGGCAUUCCAAGGAAUAGAGGAUACCUUGGCAUGGCUCAAGUUAGGUCAUAAUCGACUAAGAACAACACCCGUUGAGGCCCUAGAACGUCUCAAGACCCUGCACGAGCUUGACCUGAGAAACAACAAUAUAUCAAGAAUAGAGAAAAACGCUUUCUACCCUUACGGAGUUAAUCUAAAAUACAUAAAUUUUCAAAAUAACAAGAUCGUUGAAAUCGAAACGGGAGCUUUAGAUGUCCUAAACAACACACUCCGGUGGCUCUACCUAUCGUCAAAUUUAUUUACAACACUUGACGAGUCUACUUUUGAAAACGUCAUAGACAUUAUCGAAAUUCUGGACAUUCAAGAUAACCCUUUUCACUGUGACUGUGACAUUGUUUGGUUUCGAGAGUGGAUGCAAGGAGUCCACAAGGAUGUGGUAAGUAGGCCUAGAAAGACGCAGUGUCAUACUCCGGAGGAGCUGCGAGAUGUGCCACUACAUGAUCUUUCUAGUUCCAUGCUUCAGUGUCACACGUCAUCAGCUGUCUUGACGUUUUAUCCCGUCAACCAUGUAAUCCUCUUUAUCUGUUUGAUGAAAUGGAUCAACUGAAAGGAGGCUUAGGUUGAAUAU